AGAAGUGAACGAUGCGGAAUGAUGGAGUGAGCCAUGUGAACGACAGUUUACUGGACCGCAAAUCAAACUUUAUUUUGUUUUGGGUAUUUCUGGCCUUAACAGACAAGCAGGUGAGGAGAGAUAAUACCUGGGCGGGACUAACGCAGCUUUGUGCGCGAGCCAGCAUUCCCCGCUGUGCAGGUGGCUGUUAAAAAGUUAGUGUUUUGCUUUAAUAACUUCUGACUGGAUGGUCACAUCUACAUCAUGCUAGUAUUUCCAUCAGAAUAAACAACUAACUAAUGACGAUCAAAUAAAAUGGCCUUCGCAAACCUGUUCUCGGGACUAUCUGCUGUCGAAGAAGGUGUCAAGAGCCCUGGUCAACCCGCCUUUACGCACAGGAACGACACUGAGAGUGGUCAAAGAGGCAAUGCCAGAAAGAGGAAAAUCCAGGUUGAGCAGACUGGCCCUUAUAAAAAGAAGCUACGUUACGAAUCCCAAACAACCAGAAGUUAUAAUGCUACAUCCUUCAGGGAAGAUGACUCCAAUGCCACACACUACCAUAUGCAUAACACUAAUAGCCAACAUUCAAGAGUUGGCUUCACCAAAGAAGUGAUGCAUAAUCAAAAUUACAAAGCUGGUCACAAUAAAAAAGGUCAGAAUUACACGACUAAAAAUAACCCUCAUGUGAACAAGCAGCAGCAGAAAAAGAAGCCGGAGGGGCAGAAAAAUCACCAUCAACAGAAAGAUGGAUGGAAACCUGCCAAUAAAGGGGGAAGCCAUCAGAUGCAACCUUGGGGAAAAGGUGGAAGAUACAGACAAAAUAAAAAUGACAAGCAGGACGUCCAAGAAAAACAUAAAAGGUCCAUGUCCCAGGAGUUCAAGGACCAGAAUGCCGUGUUGGUGGAUGGGCGCUUAAUUUGUCGUCAUUUCCUUUGGGGAAGGUGCAUCAAGGAUGACGACUGCCAACUGGAACAUGUUAAGGGACACAACAAUCUCGUCAAAGAAGUGUGCAAGUUCUACGUUCAAGGACUUUGCACAAAGGGGGAGAGCUGCCCCUACAUGCAUGAGUCCUUUCCUUGCAAGUUCUUCCACAGAAAAGGAAAAUGUUUUCAAGGAGCAGAUUGCAGGUUUUCCCACGAGCCACUUAAUGACCUCACAAAACAACUGUUGCAUGAGAUAUUAAAACGUGAUGAUGACCUCUAUGAACUUUCAAAAAAAAAAGCUGAACAGGAGCCGCCAGGACAGCCAGAGAACACAGAUGAGUCAGAAGUUACAGAAGCAAGUGGGACUUGCACUGAUAUACUCCUGCAACCACGCAGGCCUAACUUUUACAACAGCGGAGAAACAAAUGCUGAGAAGGAAACCUUGUUAUAUCAGACUGAAAAGCUGGCUGAUGUCAUGGAGGAAGCUGAUCCGCCAAGUGCAUCAGAUGCUGCCCAACCGUACACCCCCCCGUCAAGUAACCUUAAACACGAGGAGCCAGUUUGUUAUUCAGUUGCAGCAGUGCUUGGACCUCAAUUAUUCAAACCUUUCCCUUGUUUCUUUACAACUCCAGAAAGUCAAGAAUCUGGCAGUUCAGUCUCUGCAAACCCAAGCGAAGUUCCCUACUCUGUGGAUGCUGUUCUCAGGUCUUGUAAAUCAGUGGAAAAUUCUACCUUUAGACGCACACCUGCCCCCCCUACUGCACAAAAUGUGUUCUAUACCCCAAUAACUGACUUUGAACAGAUCACUGUUCCUAUGCUGAGCUCAGAAACCCAAGAUGCGAAGUUCUUGCAUUCGGUAAAUGCUAGAAAGGAAGUGAACAAUUCCCAGGAAAAAGUAUUCAAGAGCCUGUCAUCCCUCCAAGUGCACACCAGUCUGCUUUCAAAGAACUGCCCUAGUCCUAGUCUGGCCUCCAGGGAUAACGAGACACAAGGUGGCAAAAUGCCAGAAUCAAUUAAACCUGCUCAAAGAACUACUUAUAAGGUCAAGUUGGAGUUGCUGCAUUCUCCUGCCACUGGAGUAGAUAAGUAUGUGUUAUCCAAAGGAGAUAUGAAAGGAUGCAUGCACGUACCUUUGGAUAUGACAUGCUCUGACACCUGUAAAAGUGAAGGUGUUCUUCCUUUUGUACGCACUAGGCGCAAACACAUUUUUUCAAGUCCAACAUCUACUUCCAAAAAUCCUACACAGUUGAGGCUCCAUCUCCCUGUUCUGACAUCUGACUCGGAAGCUUCAAAAAAGCCUUUUUCUCCUAUUUUACAUUUCACAGACUUUAAAGGUGGAGCUGCUGUUCCUGUUGAACCUGUCACCCGCUCCUUUAAGACAAGUGAUUCUGCAAACUCUGCCAGUUGUCAUUUUGUAGAAAAACAACCAACUAAGAUCCACCUGCACUCCAAAAAGACACAAUCUGGCCUCAACCAUGACACACAACAACCGAAUUCAACUGAAAUCCCAGCCGAGUGCAGCAGUAAAACAGCACACGAUUUGGCAGUCGGAUGUAAAAAGACCCGUAAAACACCCUUUAAUAACCUUUUCGCAAGUCCCAUUACUGACACUCUGCAGCCCGUAGACAAUUCUGUACCAAGUUCUUCUUGUCCUCGAGGCUUCAUUCAAUCUUCCUGUCCUGCUCCACAGCCUGCAGGUUGCAGGAGUAAUUGUGUUAAAAGGGCAGUUGAACCUGACAAAGCCCCUGACAGGUCCUUCCUCAGCUUUUUUGCUGCCGCUCUCAGUGCUCCUCCUCUCCAAAGCAUCCAAACUCAACCAGAUUAUUCAAGGACUUCCUCCUGCUCUCAACAGUCAAAGCAGUCCGUUGAUAAUGCAUCUCAUUUAUCAAACUCCAAACCAAGUACUUCUGAUUUAGAGACACCUCUUCAACACCAGGUUAAUACGGUCAAAGAAAUAUAUUGUGCGACAAGAUCCGCCUGUUUCUCUCCUAAUCCUAAAAUAGAAAAUUAUGACAGCUCAACGGAGCACAUAAAAAAACCUACAAAGCAGAUGCUGAAUCCCGUCUGUAGCCUUGAUUCUCUCGGUGAGACAUCUACCAGUCCAACUCCUUGUGGUAACAGUCCUUCUACAACCGGUGCUCAUCAGCAGCUGCCAUACAUCGCAUCCGACAAAGAAGCAGACACUGUAAACAAUUCAGUUCUGAAGACACUCUUCCUGUGCCUGGGCCCGUACCACCAGGAUGGAGAGCAACAGGGCAGUAUUCAGAUCAGUGUCACUUCAGACUCAAGACUGCAAGUCCAACCGUCCCCUGAUAAUACAGCUGCACACUCAACGGAGCACCAGCCGUCUCUUCAGACUCCUCAAAUCCCCUUUGAAGGAACAGCUGGAUCUAUCUUCAGCAGUCCAGGAACAACUGAACUUCAGGUAAUAAACUCUGGCACAUGCAAUAUGCUGGGCCAACCAGUGGCGGCGCUGAAGCAGCAUCACACCCGAUCAAGACAGAAGAAGCAAGCUGGGGAUGUGGCGGUCAAACCGCUAAAGGACCUUUUUCAAGUUUUCCACUUUGGACAUUAACGUUGGAUUUACUUUUAUGUUAAAUCUUGUAAAUUAGGUUUUUAUUAAUUUUGCCUGCAUGAGUGAACCAUGUUAUGACAGUGCACAUAUUUAUUUAAAAUAUACAGUCUUCUUUGUAUUUACUUUUUUUUUUGGUGCAGUUUUAAGACUUAAUUAUUGUUAUAUCCAAAAUGUAAUAAUUAAACAUUAAAAAUAUUUUAUGUGUAUAUUACAUUUUACUUGUGCACUCGAAAUAUAAUAUUUCUGUUAUGGUGCUGCAAAAAUAAACUUAAUUUGUCUUCUAAAGUUUGCAGUUGCACAACAAAUUGGUAAGGCGCUCUUAUUUGUUUUCAAUGUUCAUAAUUUAGUUUAAAUCAAAUAGAAGAAUUCCCCAGGUAUAUAGUUUUGAUUGAAUACACAUAAAUAAAUCAGGCAGAUAUAGAUAUGAACUUUAGGAUUUCUCGCAACUUAAAAAAGAUUUUCCAUUUGAUAUCAAGUAUUGUUUUGCAGUACAGAGGUUACAUGUUGAACAAUAACAAAUAAAUGCAUUUAAUUCAUAAUAUACUACAACAUGUAUAUGCUCUGCAUGUGUAUAUGGCUGUU